UAAAACGCAGCCUUAGGCGUGAGCGUGAAAAUCAAUAAAUUUUGGAGCGAAAGCGCAGCAUUACGUAUUGCUGUGUUGUGUGGUGUGACUGAGAUAAGAUCAGAUCUGGGCAAUUGUAGAAUCGUGCCCUAGGCCUGGCUAUGGGAGGAGACGAAGAGGAGGAGGAGGUGCUCGGUUCGGGCCAAUCCGCCUCCACCAACAACAGCUUGCCACCUCCCGUCGAUAAAACUAUUCUCAAAUUGAACCAUCUCGACGUACAUGCUGAUGAUGCUGGAUCACACGCUUCUCUUGCCAGUGGCAAGAAGAAAAAGAGAGGCGGUCAACGGGCUGUUGGACCUGAUAAGAGUGGAAGAGGUCUCCGCCAAUUUAGUAUGAAAGUGUGUGAGAAGGUAGAAAGCAGGGGAAGAACCACAUACAAUGAGGUGGCGGAUGAGCUUGUUGCUGAAUUUUCUGAACCAAGCAAUAGUGAAUUGCCCCCUGAUCAGCAACAAUAUGAUGAAAAAAACAUCCGCCGAAGGGUCUAUGAUGCUCUGAACGUUCUCAUGGCAAUGGAUAUUAUUUCCAAGGACAAAAAGGAAAUUCAAUGGAGGGGCCUUCCUCGUACUACUGUGAAUGAUAUUGAAGAACUAAAGACAGAGCGGCUUGGGCUCAGGAAUAGAAUUGAAAAGAAAACAGCCUAUCUGCAGGAGCUUGAGGAGCAAUUCAUAGGUCUUCAGAACCUUAUUCAACGAAACGAGCAGUUAUAUAGCUCAGGAAAUCCUCCCAGUGGAGGUGUAUCUUUACCUUUUAUUUUGGUACAGACACGCCCUCAUGCAACUGUGGAAGUGGAAAUAUCAGAAGAUAUGCAGCUUGUUCAUUUUGAUUUCAAUAGCACUCCUUUUGAGCUGCAUGACGACAAUUAUGUUCUCAAGGCAAUGAAAUUUGGUGAGAGACCACAAGAUGAUAAUAUGACACACAAUCUUACUGACGGAGGUGAAGUUUCUAGCAUGUCAGGCUUGUGUCAGCCACAGACUCCUACAAAUCUUAAUGUGUCAAAUAGACCUCCAACAUCACCUCCUCUCCCUGGCAUACUAAAGGCAAGAGUUAAGCAAGAGCAUUAAUUGUAAGGUUAUCAUAUUUAUGUUGCCUUAUGUAAAAGCAUGUUUGUAUAUUUUGUAGAGAAAUUUGCUGCAGUUGAUAGACCGUCAUAAUAGUUAUUCAUCAGUACAGCCAAGUCAUUCUCUAGGUUAGAAGCAGACUGCUAUGUCCUCUUUGUUAGGGGUAGACUUCGGCACAUUCUUUGCCUAUCAUCCUUCAUUUACUACCUUAAUUUUUCUUUUUUGUUUUCCCACAUAUUUUCACUGUAACCUUUCCCCCCCUCUGUAGUGAGAGAAAUCGGUUUGUAAUAGUCCAUAGAUCAUGGAACGGAAAUACGGAAUCCAGCAGCAUAGGAUUAAUCUUGGAAGUCACCGAUUUAUAGUGUACAGUUUUCCAGCUUAGUAGGUAUCUGGACUAAUGCUUCUUGUUUGUUUUGUAGCAUUUACUAGGGUACUUUUGCUAUUUCAAAAUAACUUUGAUGGAAAUUUUACGUAUUACGCAUGA